AUGUCCCUUCUACGCGAGGCAGAGAAGUGCAUAGCUAAUCAACAUACCCAUGGCCUCAAUGCCUUCAUAACUCCAUUACCCCGCGCGGGCCAGUGGUUGGAUCGCGUGAGGGAGGCGGACCGUCGCCGGGAACAAGGAAAACAAACGUCUACCCUCGAUGGCCGUCUGGUGGCAAUCAAAGACAAUAUCUGCACGCGCGAACUUCCGACCACCUGCGCUUCUAGCAUCCUGGACAAAUUCGCUAGUCCAUUCAACGCGACUGUUGUUGAUCAAUUGGAGGAUGCUGGGGCCAUUGUAGCUGGCAAGACAAACCUGGACGAGUUCGGAAUGGGGUCACACUCGACAAACUCGCGGUUUGGCCUGGUCAAGAACUCGCGACGCGACAAGGAUGGCCAAGAUCUUUCCGCUGGUGGGAGUUCAGGUGGCAGUGCGGUGGCGGUUGCAGCCGAUCAAUGCUAUGUUGCGCUUGGAACGGACACCGGAGGCUCCGUCAGACUUCCAGCGGCGUACACAGGAACUGUUGGUUUCAAACCAUCGUAUGGUUUGAUAUCACGGUGGGGUGUCAUUGCCUAUGCGAAUUCCUUGGACACCGUUGGAGUUUUGGGGAGAACUACUUCUAGUGUUCGAGAUAUAUUCUCCAUUCUCAACCAUCAUGAUGAACGCGACCCGACCAGCAUUUCUGCUCGCUCAAGAUCGCGCAUCAAUUCACACCUUCAAACUUCACGGCUCGCAUCUCGAUUGACUUCAACUCCCCUCCGGAUCGGUGUGCCAUUGGAAUACAACAUUUCCGAACUAGCACCGUCAGUACGGCAAGCCUGGCUAAUGUCCCUGGCCCAUUUACAAGAGCAAGGUCAUACCAUUAAGCCCGUAUCAUUACCCACUACAAAGCAUGCUCUAUCGGCAUAUUACGUCCUUGCCCCGGCCGAGGCGUCGUCGAAUCUGGCAAAAUAUGAUGGCGUGCGAUACGGCACUCGUCAUGAUGGACCAGAUAAUGACGGAAUUUCCGAAAGCUAUCUUUACUCGAAUACGCGGGGCCAUGGCUUCGGGUCAGAGGUACAGCGUCGCAUUCUUCUGGGGACCUUCAGCUUGAGCGCUGAUGCCAUGGACAAUUACUUCAUCCAGGCACAACGAGUACGUCGACUGGUCCAGCAAGACUUUGAUGCUGUAUUCCAUGCUAGCAAUCCUCUUGCUACCAAUGAUCUGGAUGCAGGCCGUCCUGGAUUGGGUGAUAACGUGGAUGUCCUCGUGUGUCCUACAGCACCAUCCCCUCCACCCCGGCUAUCUGACAUAACAGGUAACUCUGCGGGCUCCUCCCCCUUGCACGCCUAUGUCAAUGAUGUUUUUACCGUUCCCGCAAGCUUAGCGGGUCUGCCUGCCAUCUCCGUGCCAGUCACUGUGACUGGAUCUAACCAGGACUCUGGUACGGAUGGUAUGACCGGUAUCCAAGUGAUAGGCCAGUAUGGAGAUGAUGAGCUGGUGAUGCAAGUUGGAGAAAUACUCGAAGGUCGCCAAUUUGUGGGCUCGCCAUAG